AUGGAAGGCCCAGUCUUGAUAGCAAGCACUGGUUUUGGAAGCAAGGACCCUGCAUGCAACCGUCACAUACACCGAUCCGGCAGCUGGGCGGGUUCCCCGGGAUCCCCCCAUGAUCGGGCCGCGGUCGGCUGGGGCGGCCAGGGCGGGCCCGGGGGUGGCGGCCGGGGGCACAAGGGCGCGGGGGGCGGCGUGUCGGUAGAGGAGCUGGUGUGGCGCAUCCGGCGGCUGCCGGCGCGCGAGCCGAUCGGCGCGACGGCCGCGGCAUGCCUGCCGGGGCUGGACUCGCGCGCGUGCGCUGCGCUGCUGAAGGAGCUGGCGCGCACGGGGCUGGCGCACCGCGCGCAGGAAUUCUUCGACCACGUACUCGCCCUGGGCGACUCCACUGAGGCCGCCCGCCUGGCUGACGUUUACACCUACACCGCCGCCAUCUCCAUCUGCGUCAGCGCCCAGCAGUUGGAGCGGGCAUUGGAGCUGUCGGCGGACAUGCAGCGGCGCGGGGUGCAGCGCAACGUGCACACGCACUCGGCGCUCAUGAACGUGUGCAUCAAGUGCGGCCAGCUCAAGCUGGCGCUGGAUGUGUGGGAGGACAUGCAGCGCGACGGCAUCGUCCCCAAUGUGGUGACCUACAACACGCUCAUCGAUGUAUACGGGAAGCUGGGGCAGUGGGAGCAGGCCCUGCAGGUCCUUCGCCGCAUGAAGUUUCAGGGCAUAGAGCCGGUGACGCGGACGUAUAACACGCUGAUGAUAGCGUGCAACACGAGCGGGCAGUGGCAGACGGCGCUGCAGCUGUACGAGGAGAUGCGCGCGGCCGGUCACGCGCUCAACACCACCUCCUACAACGCCCUCAUCUCCGCGCAUUCCAAGGCCGGCGACCUCCCCCAGGUCCUUGACACCUACCGCCAGAUGGUGCAGCAGGGCUGCGAGCGGAGCGUGAUAACGUACAGCAGCCUGAUCAGCGCGUGCGAGAAGAGCGGGGAAUGGCAACUGGCGCUGCGCUUCUUCGACGAGUGCCUCAAGGACAACUGCCGCCCCAACGUCAUCACCUUCAACUCCCUCAUCACCGCAUGCGCCCAAGGUGCACAGUGGGAGAAGGCGCGGGAGCUUUUUGAGCUGAUGCAGCAGCAGGGCUGCACGCCCGACGUGGUCACCUACACUGCGCUCAUCUCCGCCUACGAGCGCGGCGGCAAAUGGCAGCUCGCCCUGCAGGCGUUCCAGGCGAUGCAGGCGAAGGGGUGCAAACCGGACAGCAUAGUCUACAACGCCAUCAUAGACACACUCUGGGACACUGGCUGUGCCUGGCCACAGCGGCAGGCGGCCGUGCUGCACCGGCGCGCGUCGGCCGGCGGCCUGCUGCGCCGCGCUGCGCACGCUGCGCCGGGCUACCUCGAGCUCUGUCUCCACACCCUUACCGCCGGCGUCGCCGCGCUCAGCCUCUACACCUGGCUCUCCGACCUGCGUCAGAAGGUGGCGACCGAGGGUGCGGACGCGCUGCCGACACGCAUCGCCAUUGUGACGGGCAAGGGCCGCGGCAAGGACGACGACGGUGCCUCCGCCGCCCGCGAAGCCGGGUCUGGAGAGGGCACUGGCCGGCUGGAGGCGACCGGGAAAGAGGUGGCCGAUUGGCUGGCUGCCGGCUGCGGCGGCCUGGAGCCCUGGCGCUGGGCGGCCGGCGCAGCCCCAGAGGACUGCCGCCCCGAGGACGUCGCCGCUGAGGCCACCGCCGACGAGGCCGCUGCUGCACGCGUCGCCUCCGCCUAUGCAGCAGUCGCUGACUUUGAGGCCACACACCACCUCAACCUCCAGGCGAUGGGCGCCGGCUAUCUGCAGGAGCGCCCAGAAGUGGCAGGCAGUCUGCUCGCCACGGCACAGGCCCUGAACUUCUCGGAGGAGGCAGCGCAUGAUGCGGUGCUGUUGUUGGACCGGGCGAUGAGCGUGGGGGGUGGGGGCAUGGAGGGCUGCCUGCCCCUGGCUGCGGCGGCGUGCCUGCAGCUGGCGCUGUGCCAGGACAUCAACCACAGCAAGGACGCCCUGCCCGCCCUCUCCAGCAUCGCCACCCACACAGGGUUCACCCUGGGGGCGCUGGGGUCGAUGAAGGAGACAAUCCUGGCCGCACUGCGGCAGGACACGGCUGCCAUCAGCGCGCUACGAUGCCUGCGCCUCUACCUCGAGCGCCUGGAGCCCGGCCAGGACGGCCCCCGCAUCACCCAGGCACCUCCCGCGCUGAAGGCGCUGGCGCGGGCGGCGCUGGUUCAGUCGGAGCUGCUCAACUACCGGCCGUCGGUGGUGGCGGCCGCGGUGCUGCACGCCGACCGCCUGGCGCGCGCGGAGCUGCCCCUGUGGCCCUCCUGCCUCGCCCACCUCUCCGGCUACUCCCCCACCGCCACCUCUGAGUUGGCUGCGGCCAUCGCCGCCGUGCAGUGGUUGAGGGAGGAGCAGAAGAACGGGCGGCGCAGCGAGGAACGAGCCGCGGGCGGCUGGACGGCGGACGACGCGUCGUCCAAGGGCUCGCUGGAGGCGGCUGCCGCUCAGCUGCAGUCGUGGCCGUGCACGCCGCGCAUCUCCGACGCCACCCCUGGCGGAUCCCUCUCCUCUGCCUCCUCCUUCGGCCUCUUCCGCUCCCUCAGCGCAGCCCCCAACGGCGGCGCGAGCAGCAGCUCGCCGUGCGGCCCGCUGGACUCGCCGGGGGGCAGCGCGGGCGCCUUCCGCCGCGUACACUCCUCAUGCAACACCCUUCCGCAGGCCGCGCACUCGCCCAAUGGCGGCGGCCGCGCGGGCUCCCGGGGCGUUGCCUCCAUGGACCUGCUGACCUACCCAAACUCGCCCGCCGCCCUGCAGCAGGCGCACCGCCGAUGGUCCUUCUCCGCGCACCCCAACAACCACAGCGCCAACGCCCCCGCGCCGCCCCCGCCAAUGGGCAGCGAGGAGUUUGCGCGGUCGGUGUACAGCCAGGCGCUCGCCUCCAUCCACCGCCAGCAGUCCUUCGCCCUCAACCAGCUGCACCAGGCCAGUCUGAGCCGGCCGGAGUCGGCGCUGGGGCUGCAGGAUCUCUUCUCUCCAACGGCGGCGCAGCAGGCGCAAAACCUGUCGAUGUUCAGCGCGCCACCGCACCCGCCGCCAAUUGCCGCCGGCUUUGACCUGGAGAGCCCGCGCGGCAGCUUCGGUCCGGCGCACCAGACGGACCCCCUGGCGUCCCCCCACUUCCACUACGGCAAUGGCUCCUCCAACCUCCAGGGGUUCAACUCGGUGCCGCAGUCGCCGUCAGCGGCGGAAGCCGAGCUGGCGAUGUGGCAGCUGGCCUCGCGCAUGGGCAGCCUCAACAUGCAACAGGCGGUGCAGCCGCAGCCGCCUCAGCAGUCGCCCUUCGCCACCUCCGAGCGGGACCCCUGGGGCCGCGCGGCCGAUGACCACAAUAGCCACCUGGCGGCCGCCUCGCUCUUCGCCGGGGCCGGCAACGGCAGCGUUGGCGCUGAUGCGUUUGCGCUGCACCACUGCGAGAGCGCUCCUGCCGGUCUGUUCCAGGAUGAGCUGCGCCAGCUGCGCAAGCUCGGCCUCACAGAAACACUCGGCAUGGGGGAGCAGGGGCAAGGGCAGGAUGGAAAGGGGCAGACAGUGCACAGCCAGGAUCCUGCCUCCAGGUUCCUGCAGGCCCUGUAUGAGUCCCAGGGCAACCAGUUUUCCUAG